GGUAGCAGUGUGUUUACACACUAUCAUAAAUAUCGUCAGAAAAGCCUCGCAGUGUUUAUGUAGGUCAAAUGACGUGCACGGCGCUUUGCUUUGGGGGUUCAUUAAGAGACGACACCUCUCAAAAAUCACCAGAAACUGCGAGAAAAUAUUAGACUCCUUUUAUUUUAUCGAGCUUCAAGUGUGACGGGAGACAUGACGAAAGACGGAGAGCUAUGGAGAGUAGAUUCAGUGGUGUUUUGAAAGACAUCGAAGAGCUCUCGCGAUUUUCAAACACCGAGAACAACUUCCACACCGAAAGGUCUAAGACGCUUUUUGAGGAAAUUCGUGCCUCCAUUAACAACAAUGACGAGGAGGACCGCUCCUUUUGGCGGCCCGUGCUGCCUUGGGGAGGCGUCUUCACCAUAAAGGCAGGGCGCAAAGCCAUAUCCUGCAUCCCUCUGUACGUGGAGGUCCAACUGAAGAACACAUGCACCAUCGAUGGCUUCCUCAUGAUCCUGUAUGUGAUCCUGCGAGACAACCAGGGCUUCCACAGGGAGCUGGCCGUCUUCCUGGGGAAGCAGUUCGUGGAUCAUUUCCUCCACUUGAUGGACUCCUGUGACUACACCACAGUUAAGAUGCUGUGGAUCUGGAACAGGAUGUCUAAGAGACAGUACCGCUCAGAGAUCCAUCAGGCUGCCCUGGAGAUCGACCUGUUCGGGAACGAACACGAGAACUUCACAGAGAACCUGGAGGACCUUAUGUCUACCACUCAGGAGAGCCUGUGCACCAACCGUGACUGCCCAGGUCGCUUUCAAAAAGUCAAGAAAACCACAUUCAACAUCAGCCCUCCUCAUGAGCUUCCUCACAAAGACCCGAUCCGGUCCGCAGUGGAUGAAUUCUUCUGCCCCAAACUCCUACUCUGCUUAGAGCGAGGAUGUGAUGGCUUAAGGGACUUUUGUCAGAGGGUUUUCUGCCACGGCCCUCCACCUUUUGUUAUUCUCAACAUGCAGCAGUGGAGGUCAGAGGAUCUGUCCUAUGUCCCUUACCACCUGGCUAUUUGCCGGCACAGAUACCUACUAGAGGGCGCCACACUUUUCAACAAGAAGGAGCAUCAUUACUCUGCAGCUUUCCAGAUAGACGGCUGCUGGAUGCACUAUGACGGUCUGAGGAGCGAUAAUCUGAUCCUGCUGCAUAAGCCCCCGGAGCUCCUGCUGCUGUCCUCCUUGGUCUACAUCCGUGCAUCAGAUAAGUGACGUCUUGUAGUAGCAGUUGGACACAGUGGAGAACCCAAACAGCAUCCUGUGGUUUUUUUGGGUUUUUUUUUCUUGCAUUAUUUCUAUUUUUGGAAUUGCAUAUCUGUUAUGGACUUUUUUUCUUUUGUUUGUAAUUAAUUCAUGGCCUGAAUAUGCUUCCUUUGGUAGAAGACUGAAUUAUUGUUCUGUUUCAGCUGAUUGCUUAUGCCAAACAUAUGCUGUGCACAAUUAUGUAUUUUAUGUAGGCAUGCUUGGAAUCCAAGAGUACAAUGGACUAUAAUAGUUCUGGGUGGAUCUGAGUCAGUCAGUGGAUCUUAAAAGUGUGCACACCCCUUUUAAAAUGCCCGUUUUUUCAUAUUCUAAUGAAUCUGUCAUAAAUAAAUGUAAUGUUUUACCGUCCUGUACAGUUCAACUGAAAAAACAAACAAAUCUGUUAGAAGAGAAGAUAAAAUGUUGCAAAAAUCAGUAAAAUGGAGCUUUAGUUUAAUUUUCAGCAUUUAACCUCACUUGUUCGGAAUCUACCAUCAUCCCUCAUUCUGGCUUAGGAAUAUUUGCCCACAAACAUUGUCCCAGUCUUUCAGGUUGUGAGGACAUCUCUUAUCCACAGAUACUUAAGGAAACCAUUGUGAUGCUGAGUGAUAAAAUCCUUCCUCAUCAUUAGCUUUUUAGCAGACAUCUGCAUGUUUUCAGUCAAAGCUGACCGGUAUUUUUUAACAGUUUUUACAUCAUUCAGCUUGACAAACCCCCUAUUUCCAUCUAAAGCAAAGUAACCAUACAGUUAUCUCGGCACGGUGUUCCAUUGGUGAUGAGCAUUGUUGUUUUUGUGCCGAACAUUUGGCAUUUGAUAUUUUCAGGCAAAAAGUUUAGCCACACCGGGACGUUUUCUUCGGAAGGAAAGACUUCUGUCCUGCAACCCUAUUCCUAAAUUCAGACACAUGGAGAAUACCAGAGAUUGUCACAUGUAUAACACAGCCAGUACUAACUAGAAACCUCUACAACUUCUUCAGUGUGGCUGUCGGCCUCUUUCUCACCUUAUUUUUCUUACUUUUGGAGAAACGUCCAGUUGGCAAUGACAAGAAAAUCCAUCUAGGUCGGUUUCUUUAUUUUGGUUUUAUCUGAUUCACCAUUACUGAUGAAAGGUGUAAAACUGAUGAAAGGUGUAAAACAUAAGAAGGUUGAAUGCUGAAAUCAAUCAAAUUGUGGUUCCAGAAAAUGUCAGUUUAAGGUUCACACUUGUUUGUUUUUUUUCCUGUCCAACAGAUGUUUGCUUUUUUAUUGAAGCCUGCAGGUAACGCGUAUCAUUGAAGGUGCAAAAUGUUUUUAAACUACAUUUCAUAGUCCCACUUUUAUGCAACUAAAACCUGACAUUUAAACAGGGGUGCAUAAAACUGGUAAUGUUUGCUUGUUGUUUAUAAAUUUUAUAAACCUGCCAGUAAAAUCUCGAUCUCAGCAUAUACCUUUUAAAAAAAAGAAAAGUGGUUUGCAGGCUACAGAUUUUUGUAUAUUAGACCCCGAUGUCGGUGUUGGGAGUUUCUCCAGCAGAAGUGUAGUAUUGUUUAAGAUUUCUAGCCUUUAUGUAACAACUAAACUGGUGCUUUAAUUACACUGUGGCACAAUGAAAAGAAACAUCCAACUAACUUCUGAUUAGCUUCUUUUUUUUUAAGUUGGUGAGGUUGAUUUUUUUUUAAAUUUUAAGUGUGAAUAUUGAAACAAUGUCUCUCAGUUUUAGGUGGUAUGAAUUAUUUCUCAUUCUAGCAGGUUCAUUUGAUUCAUUAUGAGCCUUCAUGGCAUGAAGCACACAGCAACAUCGUGCCAAAAGGCUCACAGCUCAGAGAGUUUUGCUGUAUCCAUGUUAGAUAUUUUGGAUUUUCUGGUUCUCCAGUAAUUACUGUUGUCACAUAGUGCCUCUGUAUAAAAAGCUUGGAUGCACUUGUGGAAGGUAUUCAGUUCUUUCCUGCAGAUAUUGUCUUAAUAAAAAAUAAAAUAUUUUUUGAAAUUA